GCAGAAUCGAGUCCACAGGCGUACUCCUCGAGUGCCCUGGAUUCUGUCCCUCGGCCCCUGGUCGCCCGCGCCGCUCCGUGCGUCCCCCGCGUCGCUGCCGCCAGGCCGAGCUGAACCCGUCAAAGUACAAGUCCGACCGCCGGAAAGUGAAGCUCGCCAGAGAGCUCAGCGCUACGUGGAGGAAGAGGCCCAUUUGCUCUACUAUUCCGCCGCGGGUUUGGCAGAAGUACCUGCUGAAGGUUAGCUACCAAUCUGGUGUGGCUAAUCCUGAAGCGGCAUGGGCUGGGAGCGUGCUCGAGACAAUGCCUGUGAAGGACGACCGCGUCCUGCCUUCCGACCUCGUGAAGGCGCUGACGGGCACGGGGCGCUGGUCGCGCCUCGACUUCGUGGGCGGCCCCCCUGCGCACCGGCUGGCCGACGCGGACGUGCCCGGGCCGGGGCCUCUGGGGGCGACG